AUGGCUGAACCUGUUUCGGUCGACGGUCACCUCGACGUCACUUCGGUCACCCAAACUGCACCAGCAGCUGUUGUUCAAGUGGUCAACCAGCAGGCUGUCAACCAGCAUGCAGUCAACCAACAGGCUGUCAACCAACAGGCUGUCGUGCCGUACAACAUCAUCACAGUCGAAAAGAAGCCAGCUGUGCCCACCUCGUACAUUUCGAGCACCUUGACAGCUGUUAGUCUUGCCAAUACCACAGCGUAUGUCAUCGCUUUGAUUGUCCAUCUGGUGAACGCAACAAGCCUUGGACAAAAAAACCUCCUCCCUGCACAGUUGUUUGCUGCAGCACAGGUCUUUGAAAAUUGUUCGACCAUUACUGAAACCCUUUGGCGUUUGACAAUUGGCUUCAUUCGCAACCCUGUGCCACGACCAACCUACCGCAUCCUUGGUGACUUCGUCCCAGGAGUGGAUCUCAUUAUCGUCGCCUGCGGUGAGCCAAAUGAUAUUGUGCUUGACACUGUCAAAGCAGCAUGUCAAGUCGAUUGGCCUGUCGCCAAACUGCGUAUUGUCCUUGCCGAUGAUGGUGACGAUGAAGAGUUGAGAGAAGACGUCAAGGAUCUUCGUAAACAACACCCAAAUCUUCAUUACUUUGCUCGGUACAAGCCACACGGCGUCCACCAUGGAUACAAAGCAGGCAACCUCAACGCUACCCUGGCGUAUAUUGACACUCUGCCGGGAGGACAACAUGAAUUCAUGGCCGUUCUUGAUGCUGACAUGAUCCCCGAGUCUUGCAUCCUGCGGGCCCUUGUGCCACACGCUCUGCAGGCGGAUAAUGUGGGUAUGGUUACCACUGCUCAACAUUUUUACAACAUUCCCAACAAUGACCCAUUGUACCAGUCCAACGUCACGGGCACCGGAGCAGACGAUGGGGUUAGGGAUUCUGUUGGGGCCGCAUGGUGUCCUGGCAGUGGCUUUGUCCUCCGCACCGCAGCAUGGAUAUCGAUGGGAAAAUUUCCAGAAUUCACCAUCACUGAGGAUCUCAUGACCAGCUGGUUUCUUCAUGGUCAUGGCUGGCAAAUUUCUCUCUGCCAUGAGAUUCUCCAGUGGGGCCUGCAGCCAGAUUGUCUCUUGACGCACCUCAAACAACGCCGGCGCUGGUGGACCGGACAUGUUCGUGAUGCUUUCAGAACCAACUUCUCAAUCCGGGACAAACGCUUGGAACAGGCCACCUGGAUCCAGCGUGUUGCCAUGUUCCAUCAUUGUUGCCGACCAUACUUCAACACCGUUUUCAAGGCAUUGUCGCUGUUUCUGGUUGCCAUGGCUCUUUUCUUGCGGGGUCCUGUUAUUGCCACUCCGACGCCAACUACUCUUCGCAUGAUGAUGAUGUCUGUCUUCUUCGCCAGGAUUCUCGGGAGAAUCUCGGAAUUCCGUGCAGCUCAAUCGAUCAGUCUCUGGAACCUUAGACGUCGACAAGCUACCAACACCUGGUUGGGUAUUCACUUCGCUCGAGAUGUCUUCUUCAGUGCGUUACCGAGAGGAAUUGGAGGCCUUCGUCUUGGUUUCGAUGUGACUGGCGUUUCCGAUACUCACCAGCCUGUCAAGGAGAGAGAUGCUGUCCAUCGACCUCGAAUGUUGACUCGACUCUGGAUCCUACAUAAGAGAGAAGGAAUCCUGUAUCAUGCCGUCCUUGUCGUCAUAAUGACCUUUCUCAUCAUCCGGGCAAUCAGGUAUGAAGUGGUCAAGGCAACUGUCGAUGGUCAAGUCAUCCUGGACAAAGUCUUCUGGGAUCGUCUUCUCUCAGGCGCCGGAUAUCCUGGUCUCUCACUCAUCGAACUGGUUCCGCUCUUUUUGACUCCGGUCAUUUAUGUCAUGUUUCCACCAACCAUGCCUCCGCGUCGUGAGCGUAUGCUCUUCAACGAAGACACCGGCCUCUGGCGUGCGAAAACCGAGUGCAAGGGUAUCAAAUGGACAAAGGAGAGCUUCUGGCUCGAGAUCCCUCACUUCAUGGGAGCUGUCUGGAUGGUGGUCUCGUACAUGAUCCUCCGUCACUUCAGCAUGACCGAUGACUAG